AUGAACGAUUUUCAUUAUUCUUUGUCACUUCCUUAUUUCAACACUUAUGAAUAUGGCCAUACACCAAGUGCUUCUUCAUCAUCUUAUUUUAAUAUCCAUAACUAUGCUCAAGAAGACAUAUUGUCUUACCUUAACAUUCAUAAUUAUAAUGAUAGUGCAAACACUUCGUUAUCGUUUUAUUCUAACGCCUACGAACAAGAUUUUAUAAAUACUUUGCAGUCACCUGAUCCAAUAAGUUCUUUUCGGCUGUCAACUAACAAUGAGUUGGUUGAAUCAGAUGUGGAUGUUGAUACUCGACCAUGUAAAGUAGACAAUGCAGUUUAUGUUGAUGAAAAAAAAAAUAGAAGAAAUAGGGAUUCAGAAAGGAUCGGUUGCCCUUGGCAUAUUAAUUUAGCAUUUUCCAAGACAACAGAAAAUAUUCAAGUUAACAGCAUAGUAGGCAGCCAUAAUCAUGAAAUGAACCAUCUUGUUUCAGAAAUAGCACUACGGUAUCAAAAGCUAACUUAUGAAAUGCUUGAUAAGAUCAAGUUUUGGACAAUUCAAGAAAAGAUGGGUUUAAUAACUCAGUAUAAUUUGUUAGUUGCAUCAUUCUUAAGAAAAAUCAUUAAUAAAAAAGAUCAGAGUAAUGCAAUUCAACGAUUUAAAAGCCAAAUUAAGCCUAAUAAAAAUGAUGCAUACAAAAUGCUUGAUAAUUUAUACUCAAAAAAAGAAGAAAAUCUGAUGUGGAUAAAUACCCAACGAGCUGAAGUUACUAACAAAAUUAUCAAAAAUAGGCUAAACAGAACUUCAUGGCUAAUGGAUAUUGUUGAGAAAAUUCAGGCAAUAUUCAAUCAACAAUCAAAAAAAGCAGCAUUAACUGAAUGCAAAAACGAGAUUCCAACAAAAGGCAUACCAACAAUACUGGACGAAUACUUCCCUGAAUUAGAUAAGAUAUUGAAAGAAUAUCUUACACCACAAAUACUUCAAAACAACAGGAUCAAAUGGCCCAAUUGA